AUGUUUCAGGCUAGACGGAUGCUAGCCAAACUAGAUAUUUACAGAAAGUUCACAAAUGCAUUGGCUGUUGCUGUUGUUGUGUCUGUGGGCUGGAUUUGCUAUGAGGAAAAUGAUCCUACGUUGAUGGGAAGAGUGAAAAAAAGUGAUAAAGCCUUGCAAAAUGCUGCUGAUAAAGCUGAUCAUGCACAGUUGACAAAAGCAUACCAAACAGCCAUUGUUCUCUUUGAGGUUUUGAGAGCAGUUAAUCAGACUCAAGCAGUGGAAGUUGACCGUGAGUGGCCGCCAGCUCUGAUUAAUUUGGUUGUGUUAUGA